CGAGUUCCGUUAUCCCCGACUCGGAUACGUCGUCGCCUCCCUCGUUGGCUCUCGGCGUCUCUUCAUACCUACGGAGAGGCGAGAGAACGAGGUCGAGACUUCUUCGGCGGCAGCGGCGGCACCAAUGGAUCCGGACGCUGUUGCGAAGGCGUUCGUGGAUCACUACUACCGGACGUUCGACGGGAACCGGGUGGCGCUGGGGGGGCUUUACCAGGACGCCUCCAUGCUGACCUUCGAGGGCGUCAAGAUCCAGGGCGCAGCGGCCAUCGUCGCCAAGCUCACCUCCCUCCCCUUCCAGCAGUGCGUCCACGCCAUCUCCACCGUCGACUGCCAGCCCUCGGGCCCCGCCGGCGGUGUGCUCGUCUUCGUCAGCGGCUCCCUCCAGCUCGCCGGGGAAUCGCACACUCUCAAGUUCAGCCAGAUGUUUCACCUAAUGCCAACACCUCAGGGAAGCUUCUAUGUGCUCAAUGAUGUAUUCCGUCUGAAUUAUGCCUGAUGAAUCUAUAAAACUACUAUAACUCGAAGGCCGCAGUCGAGUGGAACAUGGUAUGCUUCUCUACCUAUGGACUUUGAUUUCGAGGAGUUUCUUUUUUCUCCUUAUAUGGUCAGUUGUUUUGUUUUUCUUUCUGGUCUGUCGGAUGGUUGAAAAUGGUUUUAAAACUUUUUAAGUAUUCAAAUGGUGAGGUCUGAUGAUUUCUAUGUGUACGGCUCGCUUGGAUGGUAUAAACCUGUCGCAUUAAUUUGCGGAUUAGUCAUGAAUCUACUGUUUUUUUUUU